GUAUAUUUCCCCACUGCUCACAUGACACUGAUGUGAACAUGGCUUCUGUUCAGUGGCAUGCCCGUGUCCGCAAAUACGGCGCAGAGCUGCAGAGGUGCAGACUGGAUGCUGUGCCUGUAGACCUGGGUGACUACCACCCUCUAAAACCCAUUACAGUGACGGAUUCUAGGUCGCGACGGGGAGGACGUAAAGGCAGCACAUCUUCCUCCUCUUCUUCCUCCAGCUCCGUGGCCCCGGACCCUCUGAGCUCCAUGCUGGAGGGAACUGACCCCCUGUCUCUCUUCGCCGCAGCUUCAGCUAGCGAGACUCCCACCCUCUCUCACAGCAGCUCUUCAGUGGAGCUGGGCAGGAAACGGAGAGAAAACGAGGAGGAGGUGGGCGCUGAUUUUGAGCCAUGGUCAGCCAAACGUGGGGAGAUCCUGGCCAGGUUCACCACCACAGAGAAGCUCUCCAUAAACCUCUUCAUGGGCUCUGACAAAAAUAAAGCCUCCAGCCCCAGCUCUGCGGUUUCGGAGAAGGUGCGCACUCGUCUGGAGGAGCUGGAUGACUUGGAGGAAGGCUCACAGAGGGAGCUACUGAACCUCUCUCAGCAGGACUAUGUGAACAGAAUUGAGGAGCUUAACCAGUCGCUGAAAGAGGCCUGGUCUUCAGACCAGAAAGUUAAAGCUCUCAAAAUUGUCAUUCAGUGCUCCAAGCUGCUUUCAGACACCUCCGUGAUUCAGUUCUACCCCAGCAAGUUUGUCCUCAUCACUGACAUCCUGGACACCUUCGGCCGUCUGGUGUAUGAGCGCAUCUGGUCCAUGUGUUCAGAUCCUCGUCCAAUACCAGACUCCUUCUCUGUGGAGGAUGUGAAUGAUACGGCCAAAGAGACGUGCCUCAAUUGGUUCUUCAAGAUUGCGUCCAUCAGAGAGCUCAUUCCUCGGCUAUACGUGGAGGCUGCCAUACUGAAGUGCAAUCGGUUCCUGAACAAGACUGGAAUACAGGAGACUCUGCCGAGGCUUACAGCCAUGAUCCGGGGGAUCGGAGACCCCUUGGUGGCAGUAUAUGCCCGAGCCUACCUGUGCAGGGUGGGCAUGGAGGUGGCCCCUCACCUUAAGGACAGCCUGAACAAGAACUUCUUUGACCUGUUGGCGUCUUUCCGGCAAAUUCAUGGAGACACAGUGCAGAACCAGCUGGUGAUCCAGAGAGUGGAAAUUCCCGUCUACCUCACACUCUACUCCCCUGCCAUCCACUGGAUUCUGCAGUGUGUGGCCUACAGAGCACCUGAUGUGCUGCUAACAGAAAUGAUGGAGAGGUGCAAGAAACUGGGCAAUAAUGCUCUCCUACUGAAUUCUGUGAUGUGGGCAUUCCGACCUGAGUUUGUGGCAGCAAGAGCUACUGACUUUAUUGGCAUGAUCAAAGAUUGCGAUGAAGCUGGAUUCCCCAAGCACCUGCUGUUCGGCUCUCUUGGGCGGAGCCUGGCCUGUGCUGACCCUCCUGAGAGCGAGAGGCUCCCCAUCCUCAAUGAAGCGUGGAAGGUCAUCACUAAAGUUCGCAGUCCCCAGGAUUAUAUCAACUGUGCUGAAAUUUGGGUGGAGUUCACCUGUCGCCACUUCACUAAGCGAGAAGUCAACACCGUGCUGGCGGACAUCAUCAAACACAUGACCCCUGACCGGGCGUUUGAGGAUGCGUACCCACAGUUGCAGUCAGUGAUGAAGAAGAUCCUCACCUAUUUCCACAACUUCUCUGUGCUCUUCUCUAUGGAGAAGUUCUUGCCCUUCCUGGACAUGUUCCAAAAAGACAGCGUGAGAGUGGAGGUUUGCAAGUCCAUCAUGGAGGUCUUCAUCAAGCACCAGCAGGAGCCGACCCGCGAUCCCGUCAUCCUCAACGCCCUGCUGCAUGUCUGCAAGACCAUGCACGACUCGGUCAAUGCUCUCACGGUGGAGGAUGAGAAAAGAUCUCUAGCUCUUCUAAUCAACGGCUUCAUCCGCAUGGUGUCAUUUGGUCGAGACUUUGAGCAGCAGCUGAGUUUCUGUGUGGAGGCCAGAGCCACAUUCUGCAACUUGGAGCCAGUUAUCAUUCAACUUAUUCAUACGGUGAACCAGUUAGCCAUGGAAACGAGGCGGGUGAUGGGAGGGAGUCACUCACGCAAAACGGCAGCGUUCGUUAGGGCAUGUGCAGCCUACAGCUUCAUCACUAUACCAUCCCUCACCAGCAUCUUCAGCCGCCUCCACCUGUACCUGCUGUCAGGACAGGUGGCGUUGGCCAAUCAGUGCCUGUCCCAGGCUGAUGCCUUUCUGAAGGCGGCAGUCAGUGUUCUGCCAGAGGUGCCACGCACCAUCAGUGUGGAAGGUAAACAGCGAUCUUCUGAAGCCUUCUUGCUUGACUUCAUCAACAGCUUCCUGUCUACUCUUCUGGUGGUGCCGGACCACCCUGAGCAGGGUGUGUUGUACCUGGUGAGAGGGCUGUUGAACAUGGUGCAGGACUACACCUGGGAGGAUAACAGUGACGCUAAAGUGCGAGUGUACAUUAGUGCCCUCCCACUGCUGGCUGCCAUGAGUCAGGAGAGCUACCUCUACACCAUUCCUAAAGUGGACUCUAACGAGACGUUGUACGGCGGAGACCCCAAGUUUGUUGCAGAGAUCAGCAGACUGUGUGAGACUCUGAUUGGUCAGGUGCUUGACCAUCUGAAGACCCUUGGACGAGAAGAGGGUGUGCGCAGGCAGGGCAGUCUUGCGUUCUCUCUGUUCAGCACUCUGCUGGCUCAUGGAGAUUUGCGCAAUAACAAACUCAACCAACUGGCCGUCAACCUGUGGAACCUGAGCCACAAGAACGGACACUGCGACACACGCACUUCGGUGCGCACCCUGGAGCACAUCAAGCAGCAAGCGCAGCAGCCUGAGCUGUCUCACCUCUCAGACAUGCUGCUGCGUCUCUCUCUGCAGUCACGAGCCUAAGAAAGCGCCGACCAUCUUUAACCUCCGACUCACGUGGCUUCAUCAUCGUCCAGUCCCAUUUGGGCUCUCAGGGGAGCGCUGGCCACAGGCCAGAAGGGUGCGCCGUCUGAGUCCGGAGAGAGUGGAAGACGAAAGAAGGUUCCCCUUGAGAUCAUUCAUGAAAAAGAACUUGGAUUUUAACAUCCGUAGCACUAGCUCUGCUUCAAGCCUAAUGUCUUUAGCAUACACGUUAACACGAUUACGAUUAAGAGAACAUUCUGCACAUUUGUACAUUUUUGUGUGUAAUCUCAUAUAAAGGAUUCUAACAGGA